AUGGAUCGACAAAAUGCCGAACCAAUGAUACUUGCAGCAGUCUUACUAGCACACUACAACUGGCUUGCUUCUUGCAGCGACGGUAACCCUCAUCCGCAAAAGCUAGAAGUGGAAACAUACAACAUGUGCAAGGGCAUAAUGAAUUUAGCUCACGAGAGCGGCCCUUGUCUUGAGAGAUAUAGCGCCAUCCCGGACGUUGUUGUCGAAUUACCUCCUGGUUCAUUGCUUGACCAAAAUUUCAUGGAUCUUGCUUCUGAAGACAUGGAGAUCCUGCUUAGAAGCCUCCAUUAUCGCAAAAUUCAUCAGGAGAGCAAAGACGCCUGUCAGAAAUUUGCUGAUGAAAUAAUGCAAAUAUAUACCCUCAUCGCUUCUGGUUCCAAGGACAAUGCUGGACUCGAGCAGAUGAUUGUCACUGUUCUGCACAGAGUACCUGAUCGCUUCGUUCAGCUACUUGAACUUGGCGAUCCCACAGCAUUGGCUCUCCUUGCUCGGAAUAUCAUGUGUCUGGAUCUUCUUGAUGAUUCUUCAGCGUGGUGGGUGCACGGAGCUGGCGACAGUCGAGUCCCUCCGAAGGCAGUGAAUGGUUUUUGUAGCACCAUUCCAAUCGAAUAUAGGUGGGCGAUGGACUUUCCCCUGAGAGUUAUCGCCAAGGAAGUGAAGAUAAAUCGGGAGAAGGAAAAGAGUUAA